GCUGGUUCGAAUGAUUUCUCGCCAGUUUCUUCUACCUAAAGCCUUGAACAAGACCUAGUCCAAUUUAUCCUCAUUAUUUUUUACCAUCACCGUGGGGGGCACAGAGCCUUGACUAGGCCCACAUCAUCUCGACACAAUGGACACAGACAACGGCGAGUGGGCAAGCGAGCCCAUUGCCAUCAUUGGCAUGAGCUGUAAGUUCUCUGGUGGUGCUAGCGACCCAGACAAGCUCUGGGACCUUAUGGCCGCAGGGAAGACUGGGUGGAGCGAGAUCCCAGUAGAUCGGUAUGACCUGAAAGGAGUUUAUCACCAGAAUCACGAAAGAAACAGCACGACACAUGUCAGGGGUGGGCACUUUCUUGACGAGGACGUAGCGGCUUUUGAUGCGGCAUUCUUCAACUACUCGGCAGAGAUGGCUCAGGCAAUCGACCCGCAGUUUCGGCUACAGCUCGAGUCUACCUAUGAAGCGCUCGAAAACGCGGGCCUGCCUCUCUCGCAGGUAAUGGGAUCUCAGACGUCCGUGUUUGCCGGUGUCUUCACGCAUGACUACCAAGAGGGAAUAAUACGAGAUGAGGAUAGGCUGCCACGGUUCAACGUAGUGGGCACCUGGAGCCCCAUGUCGUCCAACCGCAUUUCACACUUUUUUGACCUCCAUGGCGCUAGUAUGACUCUGGAGACGGGAUGUUCAACAACAUUGGUAGCCCUGCACCAGGCGAUACAGACCUUGCGUAACCGCGAGGCCGACAUGUCCAUUGUGACCGGGGCCAACGUGAUGCUAAACCCAGACACGUUCAAGGCAAUCGGGUCAUUAGGGAUGUUGUCGCCCGAUGGGAAGUCGUACGCAUUCGAUUCGCGCGCCAACGGCUACGGUCGUGGUGAAGGCGUGGCCUCCCUGGUCAUAAAGCGCUUAUCCGACGCGUUAGCCGCCAACGACCCCAUUCGAGCCGUGAUCCGUGAGACGGCCCUGAACCAGGACGGUAAGACAGACACCAUCACGACACCGUCGGGCGCCGCCCAAGUGGAGCUUAUGCGCGAAUGCUACCGCCGUGCCGGUCUCGACCCGCGCGGUACUCAGUACUUUGAGGCCCAUGGCACAGGGACUCCGGCCGGCGAUCCCAUCGAGGCGGGCGCCAUGGCCGCUAUUUUUGGAGGGGGUGAGGGCCGCGAUAACGAGACGCAUUUCUUGCGUAUCGGCUCCGUCAAGACGAAUAUCGGCCACACCGAGGCUGCUUCGGGUCUCGCCGCCAUAGUCAAGGGUGUCUUGUGCCUCGAGAAGGGGUUGAUCCCACCCUCCGUGAACUAUGAGACGCCCAACCCGAAGCUCAAGCUAGAGGAGUGGCGUCUCAAAGUGGUGACAGCAAUGGAGCCGUGGCCCCACGGUCUAGUUGCUGGCCCGCGCCGCUUAUCCGUCAACAAUUUCGGCUACGGCGGGUCGAACGCUCAUGUCAUCUUAGAGAGUGCCGACCCAUGGACCUCCACACCCGGUCUGGAUGACGUUACCACUCAUGGCAAUGACAAUCACAAUAAGAAAAACAACGGGCAUACGAAUGGCAACAGCUAUACCAACGGCAAGAAUCAUAUGAACGAUACGACUGACAACACCAAAGUGCUGAUCCUCAGCGCGCGCGACGAGCGGGGCUGUCAGCAAGCGGUCUCGGACCUCAAGGUAUAUCUGGAGAAGCACAGGUCGCUUGAUUACGAGGCCUCUGAGCAGUUGCUAGGAGAUCUCAGCUACACGCUGGGCGAGCGCCGGACACUCUUCCAAUGGGUUGCGGCCCACCAAGUGCGUCUGGAGAAGGAUAGCACGCUCGACGCCGUCAUCCAACUCCUUGACUCACCUCGCUUCAAGCCCGGCCGCCGACCUUCGAAUCGUCCGCGCAUCGGCAUGGUAUUCACGGGCCAGGGUGCGCAGUGGUAUGCCAUGGGCCGCGAGCUGCUAACGUCGUACCCGGUAUUCCGCCGGUCGAUCGAGGCGGCUGAGGCGCAUCUGCACGCCCUCGGGGCCGACUGGUCGCUCCUAGAGGAGCUACAGCGCGAUGCGAAGACAACGAGAGUCCACGCCACCGAGAUCAGCAUCCCCGUGUGCGUGGCGCUACAGAUCGCCUUGGUAAGCCUGCUCGAAGCAUGGGGCAUCACGCCUACGGCUGUCACAAGUCACUCAUCGGGCGAGAUCGCGGCUGCCUUCGCCAUGGGCGCCCUUACUCAUCGUCAGGCCAUGGCGACGGCUUACUACCGCGCCGUGCUUGCAGCAGACGAGACGCAACGCCCAUCCGGUGCCGCAAAGGGGUCCAUGGCGGCGGUCGGCCUAGGCGUUGAGGAAGUGCAGUUCUACCUCGACAAGCUGACGAAGGGGAACGGCAAAGCUGUAGUCGCAUGCGUCAAUAGCCCCCAGAGUGUCACCAUAUCUGGUGACGCACCUGCCGUUCAAGAGCUUGAGGACCUGUGUAAACAGGAUGGCGUGUUCGCGCGUCGUCUCAAAGUCCAGCAGGCCUAUCACUCACACCACAUGGAUCCCUUCGCGGAUACCUACCGAGAGCGCCUCCGAAACGAGAUGGCGCGCGACGUAGCACAUAAUGCCAAGCAAAAUCUGCAGGAAGCCGGGAAAACCCCCACAGUGAUCUUUUCGUCCGCAGUUACUGGUGGACGUAUUACCGACAUCAAGCAAAUCGCCAGCCCAGACCAUUGGGUUGGGAGUCUGGUACAACCGGUGCAGUUCGUGGACGCCUUCAUCGACAUGGUGCUGGGCGAUCUAGAUGAUCCGACGGGUAGAAGUGUUGAUGUACUGCUUGAGGUUGGCCCUCAUACGGCGUUGGGCGGGCCUAUCCGCGAGAUCUUGUCUCUGCCCGAGUUCGAGGGCAUCGAGCUGCCAUACUGGGGCACACUGGUACGUGACGAGCAUGCAGGCGACAGUAUGCGAUCGGCCGCUAUCAAUCUCCUCCGCGAAGGACAGCCUCUCGUCAUGAGCCAAAUCAACUUCCCCGUGCUUAAGUAUGACAACGAGAGCCCCCGCGUCUUGACGGAUUUGCCGUCGUACCCCUGGAACCACACCAUGCGCCACUGGCAAGAGGCAAGAGUUAACCGGGCUAUCCGCGAGCGCAGUCAGCCACCGCACGAGCUACUCGGUAUGCCUGUCGCCGGUAAUGACCCCGGCGUGGCUGUGUGGCGCCGUGUAUUGCGCCUUGCCGAAACCCCCUGGAUCCGUGAUCAUAUGGUGCAGGGCAGUAUUGUGUACCCGGGUGCCGGCUACAUCUGCCUGGCGAUCGAGGCCGCGAGACUAUUGGAGCAGGCAGGUAAUGCAGGGAAAGACAGGCCCGGCAGAAGUACUUCGGGAUUCCGUCUGCGUGAUAUCAACUUCCUUUUCGCCCUGGUAAUCCCCGAAAAUGCCGACGGCGUUGAGAUCCGGACUACGCUCCGGCCGGUCCCUGAGCGAGAAGUUGGCGCCCGCGGAUGGUGGCGCUUCGAGGUAUCAUCAGUCACGCUGGAGAAUCGGUGGACGCUGCAUGCUCGGGGCAUGAUCACGCCGGAGCAGGAGGCGGCAGCCCCCGAGACGGCAACGACCGGGACGGUAGUCACGGUAGAGCGACGCCCGCUGUCUAUCUACACACGCCAGAAGGACCCUCAGGAUAUGUUCGCUAACCUCCGCGCACGUGGCGUCUACCACGGCCCCCUAUUCCAAAAUACGACCAAGAUCAUCCAGGACGGGCGUGAACCGCGAUCUAUAUGCGACAUCACGAUCCGGCACGAAGCCUCUUCCGACACGGACCCGGCAGUGGCGGCACAGACUACCCUGCUGCACCCGAUUACACUCGAUGCUGUCGUCGUAGCCUUCUAUUCCACACUGCCGAGUGUCGGAGCCCUGCAGGAAGACCCAAAGGUACCGCGGUCCAUCGCGUCGAUGUGGGUGUCGAACCAGAUCAGCCGCGAGAUUGGUCGCACGCUACACUGCGACACGUCACUGCUACACGACGACCCUCAAAGCGGGCGUGUAGACGUCACUGUCGUGGACGGUCAGACGGACGCCACGGUGCUAGAGAUCCAGGGUCUCGAGUGCGCCUCUCUAGGGCGCGGCAGUGGAGCCACAGCGCGACAGGACGCAGCUAACAAGGGCGCGGCCGCGGCCGCUGCCACUAGCAAGUGGGAGCAAGAGGUGUGUAGCAAGCUCGAGUGGAGUCCCGACCUCUCGCUUCGACAGUCGCUGGCUCUAGCACAGGUCAAGAAGCAGCUAAUGUCCGCUUCCCCCGAGUCCGAGGCCGACGCGGACAUCGCCAGAAAUCUACAGCGUGCAUGCGUUCUUUUUGCUCAGGACGCGCUACGUGCGCUCACCCCGGAGGAUGUAUCCAAACUACAGAAACAGCCACAUCUCGCAAAGUACUACGAAUGGUUACGUGAACUGGUCCACAAAGCCGCCGAGGGACCCAGUCCUCUAGCUCUCAGUAGCGAAGAAGGGACACUGGACAGUCCUGAGAAACGUCGAGAAUACAUAGCCGUUACGGCCUCGCAGAGCGUCGAUGGCGAGUUGAUAUGCCGCAUCGGUGCCGACCUCACGCCCAUCCUCCGCGGUGAGCUUAACCCGGAAGUCAGCGGGCUGCUGCAUCAGUACAACGCCAACUCGAUACGUCGGUCACCAGCGCUUGAGAAGCUCUCGACGCUCCUGCGCAAAGUCGUACACAAGAACCCGGCUGCCCGUGUCCUCCAGAUCGGCGCCGGAACCGGGUCCCACACCACACGUCGCAUGUUGGCAGCACUUGGCACGCCCAAGACACCGCUGGUGGGUAGCUGGCAUAUCACGGACCCAUCUUCAGAGUCAUUGGAAGAUGCCCGUACUCACCUUGCCGAAUGGGCUGAUCUGCUCGAGUUCGACCAACUCGACAUCGAGCAGAAUCCAGCCAAGCAGAAGUUCGCCCUAGGGAGUUACGAUAUUAUAGUAGCUUUCCAUGCCCUGCACGCGACCAAGGAUGCGAUCAGUGCUGCAGCCAAUGCGCGUAGCCUGCUGAAGCCAGGCGGCACGUUGUUGUUAGCGGAGACGACCAAGGACCAAGUAGAUGUCGAGUUCAUAUUCGGCCUACUGUCAAGCCGGUCGCAGGGAGAGGAGCCCGACUACCAGACAAUCCCGACCCUCACAACAUCCUUCUGGGAUGGGGUGCUUCGGGAUGCCGGGUUUAGUGGUGUCGAUCUCGAGGUUCAUGACUCACAGAACGAUAUCAUGCAUACCAGCAGCAUCUUCAUGUCCACGGUGCCGCUCGCCGAACACCAGAAACCCAACCUCAGCCAAGCCAACAACCGAGAAAGCUUCGCCGUGGUCACCAGCAGCAAAGCUCCCCCGCCUCCGGGCUUCGUCGAUCUGCUUUCCCGUCGCAUCCAGGCCCAGACCGGUACAGACACCCCCGCCCCCGCGCAUCUAAUACUCGAGGAGAGUAGCUUAGACGCCUACAAAAACAAGAUCUGUGUUUUCGUAGGCGAGAUCGACGAGCCCAUGCUGGCAGACCUCGAUGCGGUGCGCAUAGAAGGACUCCGUGCCAUGGUCACGCAGUGCAGCGGUCUGCUCUGGGUCACUACCGGCGGUGCUGUAAACAGUGAGGCGCCUGAGCAAGCUGUCAGCCAGGGCUUCCUGCGUGUGCUGCGCAAUGAGUACGUCGGCCGUCGCUACCUCUCCCUAGACCUUGGCCCCGCUCAUCCGGCAGAGAGGUGGUCCCAGGGUGGAGAGAACGUCGUGUCGGCUAUCGUGCGGGUGCUCGGGGAGGGAUUCGGGCGAGCCGACACCGAAGGCGGCCCAGCCGAUUUUGAGUAUGCCGAGCGUGAUGGCGUUCUGCUUAUUCCCCGUAUUUACAAAGACGAGCAAUGCGACAACGCGGUUGUUGGUUCGCUUGUGUCGAGCUGGAGUGAAGUACUACAACGGACCCAGGACGAGAAGGGAGAUGUCGAUGCUGUUGCUAGCAUUCCCCUAGAGCCCCUAUUUCAGGAGAAUCGGCCACUACGGCUGGAGGUGGGGAUCCCGGGAUAUCUGGACACGUUAGCCUUCGUUGACGACGAGGAAAACUACUGGAACCACGAGAUGUUGUCGCCAGAGCUAGUUGAGAUCACGCCGCGUGCGUACGGACUUGGCUCGCGCGACGUUUCGGCGGCGAUGGGCCAACUCAAAGAUCGAUCCAUGGGCCUCGAAUGCUCGGGUAUCAUUACGCGCGUCGGUGCUGAGGCUCAGGAAAAGGAUUACAGUGUCGGCGACCGUGUCAUGGCGCUCUUGACAGGCGCUUCUUUUGCUAGCUGCGCCCGUGUCCCGUGGCACGGUGUUGUUCGGAUACCCGGUGGCAUGGACUUUGAGACUGCUGCUUCACUUCCCUUAGCAUUUACCGUGGCGUAUGCUGGACUUGUCGACAUCGCUCGCCUUGCGCCCAAGCAGUCGGUGCUCAUACAUGCUGCGGCUGGGGCCUUUGGGCAAGCCGCCAUCAUGCUGGCGAAACACCUAGGUGUCACCGAGAUCUACGUCACAGCCGGGUCUCAAGAAAAGCAAGACCUCAUCCGGCGCGAACACGACAUCCCUGUCGAGCGCAUCUUCAACAGCCGCGACGCGUCGUUUGCCCCAGCCGUCCUAGCCGCCACGAAGGGGCGCGGCGUCGAUGUCGUGCUCAAUUCGCUAAUUGGACCAUUACUACAGGCAAGCCUUGGCGCUAUCGCGCCGUUGGGCCAUCUGAUUGAAAUCGGGAAAGGAGAGAUCGAGGCCAACAGCCUAGUCGCGCUGGAGUCCUUCUCCCGCGGCAUUUCGUUCACGUCGUUAGAUGUCCCGACACUCUUGCGCCACCGCGGACCCAAUAUUCACCGCGCGCUUGGCGAGAUCGCCCGUCUCUUUGACCAGGGGGCCCUGAAGUCGGUCCACCCCGUCACCGUUUACCCCAUGCAGGAUGCCCAGGCCGCCUUCCGGCUCGUGCAGACCGGUGCCCAAAUAGGCAAGAUUGUGCUGUCGGCCGGGCCUGAAGAACGGGCCAGGGUGAUCCCACGGCCGAAGGGUCUAACGGCCCGAUUCCGACUGCGACCUGAUGCAUCAUACCUCAUCGUCGGUGGCGUCGGUGGUAUCGGACGGUCGGUCGCGCAAUGGCUAGUGGAUCGCGGUGCCAAGAACUUAAUAUUACUAUCUCGUAGCGCCGGUGAUCUAGACCUUGACGAGAACCAAAACACCAACGGCGCUCUUUUCGUGCGCGAGCUGCGCGCGACCGGUUGCCGCGUAAAGCCCGUCAGCUGCGAUGUCGCCAGGGCCACCGAGCUGGCGAAGGCCCUCCGUGCCUGCGAGGACGAGGGUCUGCCGCCGGUGCGCGGCGUCGUACAGGGUGCUAUGCUGUUGCGCGACGCCAUCUUCGAACAGAUGACGCUCGACGACUGGCGCGCUGGCCUACAGCCUAAGCUCAACGGCACUAGGAACCUGCACGCUGCAUUCUCGCAGCCGGACUCUCUCGAUUUUUUCGUGAUGCUGUCGUCUGUAUCAGGAAUUGUGGGCAUAACGUCGCAGACCAACUACGCCGCCGGUGGUUCCUACGAGGACGCCUUGGCACGAUGGCGUCAGGCCCAGGGCCUGCCGGGUGUGACGAUCGAUCUUGGACCUAUCUCAGAUAUUGGCUACGUUGCGAAGUCGGCCAAGGUGGCCGACCGCUUGCGCAAGGAUGGCGACUUUACUAUGCUCGACGAGGACAUCGUGCUCCGGGCCCUCAAGGCUGCCCUCGGGGACGCCGGAUCCUGCGAAGAGGGAGCCACUCUUAUCGGCAACGCUAUCGCCUCCAAGCUUUCUGACAUAUUCAUGACCCCAGUGGCCGAGAUCGACCUGAGCAAACCGCCGGCCCACUUCGGCGUUGACUCCCUUGUCGCGGUCGAGCUGCGCAACAUGCUGGUCCUCCAGGCUGCUGCCGACAUUUCCAUUUUCAAUAUAUUACAAACGCCCUCCCUAGCCGCCCUAGCAGCCACCGUUGCGGAAAAGAGCCGUCACCUCGCGACGGCUGCUUAG